AUGGCUGCAGCCAUGCAAAAGGUACAACCAGAGCAGACAGCUCAGAGCGCUGAAGAGGAAACAUUUGGACCUAUGCCACUAGCAAAAAUAGAGGGUAACGGAAUUAAUGCUGCAGAUAUAAAAAAGCUGGAAGAAGCAGGUUUCUUCACUGUUGAAUCUGUAGCAUUUGCUCCAAAGAAAAUGUUACUGGCAAUCAAAGGGAUCAGUGAAGUGAAAGCUGACAAGAUUGUGGCAGAAGCUGCCAAGCUUGUACCCAUGGGUUUUACAACGGCCACAGAAUUUCACCAGAAAAGAUCAGAAAUAAUACAGGUAACCACUGGUUCCAAGGAGCUUGAUAAAUUGUUGCAAGGUGGUAUAGAGACUGGGUCCAUUACUGAAAUAUUUGGUGAAUUCCGGACAGGGAAGACACAGCUCUGUCACACACUUGCUGUCACAUGCCAGCUACCAAUUGAUAUGGGAGGAGGUGAAGGGAAAGCUAUGUACAUUGAUACUGAAGGAACUUUUCGUCCAGAGAGACUUUUGGCAGUUGCAGACAGAUAUGGGCUUUCAGGCACAGAUGUCCUUGACAAUGUAGCAUACGCCAGGGCAUACAACAGUGACCAUCAAAGUCAGCUUCUGAUUCAGGCUGCAGCAAUGAUGGCAGAGUCUCGAUAUGCCCUUCUGGUUGUAGACAGUGCCACCGCGCUGUACAGAACAGACUAUGCUGGGCGUGGGGAGCUGUCUGCUAGACAAAUGCACCUGGCUAGAUUCCUCAGGAUGUUGCUACGCCUGGCUGAUGAGUUUGGAGUGGCUGUAGUUAUAACAAACCAAGUGGUGGCACAAGUGGACGGAGCGGCCAUGUUUGCAGCAGAUCCCAAGAAGCCAAUUGGUGGAAACAUAAUAGCACAUGCAUCCACUACCAGAUUGUCACUGAGAAAAGGUCGAGGAGAGACAAGGAUCUGCAAAAUCUACGACUCCCCGUGUCUUCCAGAGGCUGAGGCCAUGUUUGCAAUUAAUGCAGAUGGUAUUGGAGAUGCUAAGGACUAG